UAGUGAGAUUUCAGCGCAGUGGGAAAAGCCGCGCAUGUCGUAGCGUUCCGCGCGAACCGAACAUUUAAUCCAGCGGAGAGAUGAAGGAUAGAGGAAUAAACACUCACAGGGUCGAGUUCUUAUUCAUCCGAAUGUUCCCUCUUUAGUUCUAAUCUUUAUUCCGACUCUGACCAACUGAUCGGACUUCUCAGAUACGAUGUUUACAGAUGAUGAGAGUUUACAGAGAUUAGCAGAGUCAAGACAGAGAUGUCUGUUAUGGUUUUCAGCAAAAACUCAAUAAAUAAUUAAGAAUAGAGUGAAGAAUAAAGCCCAGGCUGCAGGAGCUGAAGUUUCAUCUCAUCGUUUCUGAUUCUCCUAAAAACACCAGGCACUUUAUGAGAUACUGGACACUGGAGACUCCUUCCACACACACACACACACACACAAAUCUAUCUUUGAAUGAGCUGUUGCUAUAGAAACGAGGAUGUAUCUAAGUGAGUGCCUUAUUAUAAAUCCAACAAAAAUGAAGUUAUAACCUUCUGACCAAUCAGGAUCCUGAACACACACACACACACACAGUCCUGCUAGAGCUUCUGAUCUGCCAUGUUUGUUGUGUAGUAGUGUUUAUUAUGGGAUAUCCUGCUCAGUGACGGGCGUGUUGGUCCAGACCCGAGCCCGUGUGCUGCCCCAUCAUCAGGAGACGUGGUCAGCAGCACCUUGGCACAAGGCUAUGAUGAACCACGUCCAGUUUACUGCCAUCAGAUCAGAGAAGCUCAGUAUCUCAGAGUCCUGCUCUCUCUCUCUCUCCGCUCCUACGUAAGGACUAAUCCCCGCAAGUCCAACACGCCGGCGCUGGUCACUUGACACUGCGGUCAUGCGGUGAUGCUGGUGUGUGUAAAUGUUUCUUCAUCUUGUCCUUUAGUGGAUGUGGAGCAUGAAUGUGAAGAACAUUUUGUUUUAUUUAUUCAACAAACAGAAACAUUUCAGGAAACCAAUCAGCUGUGACGAUAUCCUUCCUGAUUUCUUCCAUCUUCUGUUCAUUUUUAUUUUCUCCUGAAAGCUUAUUUUUCUAACGUAACGCAUCCCUCUGUAACUCACUAAACCCUGAACAUCUUUCCUCUGAAUGUACUGAAGGAUAAAAGCUACAGUCUGAACCACA